AUGGAAUUAAGAUUUCCCAGGUUUAGCCAAGGCUUAGCUCAGGACCCCACUACUCGUCGUAUUUGGUUUGGUAUUGCUACCGCACAUGAUUUCGAAAGUCAUGAUGAUAUUACUGAAGAACGUCUUUAUCAGAACAUUUUCACUUCUCACUUUGGGCAAUUAGCAAUAAUCUUUCUAUGGACGUCCGGAAAUCUGUUUCAUGUAGCUUGGCAAGGAAAUUUUGAAUCAUGGAUACAGGAUCCUUUACACGUAAGACCUAUUGCUCAUGCGAUUUGGGAUCCUCAUUUUGGUCAACCCGCUGUGGAAGCCUUUACUCGAGGAGGUGCUGCUGGUCCAGUGAAUAUUGCUUAUUCUAGAGUUUAUCAGUGGUGGUAUACAAUAGGAUUACGCACCAAUGAGGAUCUUUAUACUGGAGCUCUUUUUCUAUUAUUUCUUUCUAUGCUGUCCUUAAUAGCGGGUUGGUUACAUCUACAACCCAAAUGGAAACCAAGCCUUUCGUGGUUCAAAAACGCGGAAUCUCGUCUCAAUCAUCAUUUGUCAGGACUUUUCGGGGUAAGUUCUUUGGCUUGGACAGGACAUUUAGUUCAUGUUGCUAUUCCCGCAUCCAGGGGGGAGUACAUUCGAUGGAAUAAUUUCUUAGAUGUAUUACCCUAUCCCCAGGGAAUCAAAUAA